AUGGAGUCUUCUCGUGGCGCGGCUCUGCCUGCUUCUUCCGACGACGCAAGCGGCGGCGGCGGCGGCGAUGGCAAGCAGGGCGGCGCCCGGCUGUUCCCGUGCCUCUUCUGCAACAAGACGUUCCUCAAGUCGCAGGCGCUGGGCGGGCACCAGAACGCGCACAAGAAGGAGCGCGUGGUCGGCAACUUGAACCCCUACGGCAGCGCCUACGCCGCCGGGAUCGAGCUCGAGGCGCGCGCAGCCGGCGCCAGCGCGCUCGCCACAUUCGUGGCAGGCUCCCCGCAGUGCGCUGGCGUCGCGGUCCCAGGUCGCGCUCGCGGCGGCAGCAGGUCUCGGGAGGUGCCGCAAUGUGCUGUGGCUGCCGCGGCGAUGCGCUCGGAGAUGGGGAGGUGGAGCGGCCUGCAUGUGCCGGCGGGGCACCAGCUGGAGCGCGGCGACAGCGUGGUCGAUGUCGACGUGCUCAACUGGACCAGGUCCAGGAGUGCCCUGGCGCUGCCGGAGGAGGAGGAGGCCUCCAUCUCCAAGGGGACGACGGAAGAGCCCGACCUCGAGCUGAGGCUCUAG